AUGACAGUAAUUGAGGAGUUGAACAAACCCAGGACUUCCGCUAGUCCCUUGAAGUGCUGCACGGGCGAAGAGGGGUCGUUGAGUUCGGAUUUUCCCACCGAGGAAAUUUUGAAGGAAAGUGCCGGGAAAAAUUUUGACAGUUUGGCAGGUGCGAAGCGGCUCUACAGUUUUCCCAAGAAACUGGCCGUAGACGUGAAGUUCGAAGAUGUCACCUUCGACUCGUGGGAGUGGAACUUCAGGAAGUUCAAAAGGGAAAAUAAACGGAUUUUACAUGGAGUAUCAGGAGAAUUUCAAUCUGGCGAACUAUCAGUUAUUAUGGGGCCUUCUGGGGCAGGAAAAAGCACACUUCUUAAUAUACUGGCUGGAUUCAUAACUCGAGGAAGUGGCGGAACGGUCAUGCUGAAUGGCGAGGUACGUGACCAGAGCCCGCGCUAUAGAAAGUUGUCCGCAUACAUCCCGCAAGACGAGGAACUUCGGCUGGCAUUGACUGCCAAAGAAGCCAUGACUUUUGCCGCUAACCUCAAAUUGGGUUACGGAGUCACCGGCGAAUACAAACAGCAACAGGUAAUCGAAAUACUGGACCUACUCGGUUUGGGCGAGUGCCAUCACACAUUGACCUCAAGAUUAUCGGGAGGUCAACGAAAAAGACUUGCCGUGGCCUUAGAACUACUCAGCAACCCUCCAAUAUUAUUUUUAGAUGAACCCACCACUGGUUUGGACAGUUCCUCGUGCACCCAAUGUAUAUCCCUAUUCAAAAGGCUCGCACAGGAAGGUAGAACCGUCGUGUGUACAAUUCAUCAACCGUCAGCCCUGCUAUUCGAAAUGUUCGACAAAUUAUACGCGGUAUCGUCCGGAAAAUGUAUUUAUAACGGCACUAUUAGUGGCUUGGUCCCUCAUUUGGAAACGCUGAAUUUGAAAUGCCCGCCUUAUCACAACCCGGCAGAUUUUCUAAUGGAGGUGGCUAUAGGAGAGCAUGGUACUGAUGUAAAUACUUUAUCUACAGCUGCAGCUGCAAAUUCACUAAGUAUUGAAUAUAGUAAAGGGGAAAAAAUAAGAAAAUACCCCACACCUAUAGAAAAGUCUAGUUCCCAUUCGUCCUCAGCUGCAAUAAUUAUGCAAUUUUUGCUCCUUUAUAAAAGAAAUUUAUUGACGACUAAAAGAAACUAUAUGUAUUUGGUAAAUAGACUUAUAGCCCAUAUUGUAAUAGGACUUAUUUUUGGUUAUUUAUACAAGGAUGUUGGUUCGACAGCCCAUACUAUUUUAGCUAAUUAUGUUUAUUUAUAUGGUUCUUUGCUGCUUAUAGUUUAUACUGGAAAAAUGUCUGUCACAUUAUCAUUUCCUCUGGAAAUGCGAAUAUUAACUAGGGAACAUUUUAAUAGAUGGUACAAGCUGACCCCCUACUUACUUUCUGUGAUAUUAAUUGAGAUACCUUUUCAGGUUAUUUGUACGUGGUCCUACGUAAUGAUCUCCUAUUGGCUUACUGGUCAACCAAUGGACUUUAGGCUCUACCUGUUCCUAUUGUUUUGCACAUUGUUGACACUUUGUGCGCAGAGCAUGGGGUACUUUAUUGGAGCUACCACACCCAUCAAGAUUGCUGUAUUUGUGGGACCGGUAAUAGCCUGCUUCUUCUCAGUCUUUGGGUUUUGUCUCCGUUAUAUCGACACCCCUGCCAUAUUUAAAUGGCUCUUCAAAAUUUCGUACUACAGGGCUGGAUUUCAAAGUGUGGUGUUUUCAAUAUACGGCUUGAGCAGAAAGAAUCUGAUAUGUCCCGAGGAUAUGGUGUACUGUCAUUACCAGGACCCAUCGAAAUUUUUGAAGGAAAUGGAUAUUACUAACGUCGACUUAGUAUCAAAUAUUUCACUGAUUGUUUUGAUAUGGUGCUUGAUGCAUGCCGCCACGUAUUUAACACUUUGGUUAAAGUUAAAUAAAAGAUAA